CGAGGAGAAGGAAAGAGCAGCAAUUGACGAGUUUCGACUUUAUUUCCCACUAUAGCAGCAGAGCGGUGUGAAGGCGAGAAGACUGAUCGAUGACUUUCUCUGGCGGCGGCUGAGAGCUGCAAAUGGGGCGAGAGCUAGGGCGGCAGGCGGCAGCAGAUGUUACUUCCCGUGUUUCUGAUUUUCUAGGGCAAGAGGCAAGUUUUUGAUUUUCUAGGACAAAACGAAGAGUAUUGGGUUUAACCGCCUAACCUCGACCAGGAACGCCCAAGCACGCCUUCUCUCCACUAGGCGCAAACUAAACGCUAUUCCUACCUACUAAGCGCUACCAGCGCCUUUUACAACGCCUAUGGCCAAGUCAAGGCGAUCCUCCAACGCCUAGCGCGUAAUUGAGCCUAGGCGUGCGCCUAGGUGCGCCUUCUUGAACCCUGAUAAUGACUGACGGUGAAAAUUGAUUCGAGAACACAUCGUGCCAACUUCUUACCUUACCGGUUAAAUCCAGAUGGUUGGGAGGGUUAAUGGAGAGAUUCUUCAAGGUGGGGAAGAUAUGGCUUGGGAAAGAUGUGCUUAUAUGGCCAAUGAAUUAGUAGUAGUAUAAUAGUCAAGAGAAGUGGGGAAGCUCUCGUAUACCCAAAUAGUCAAAAAAAGUGAUCAAUGGUCAGUGGUGUGCCUCAUUCACUCAGGCUUUCUCAGCUCUCAUGCAACAUGUCGCUUUGAUCAUGUGGGUUUAUAUAGGGGAAAGAAAAAUGUCUUUCACCCUAUGAGACUACAACUCUAGGGUAAUAUCAUAUCGCCAUAGCCCGACAUUACAAAACCAUGCUCAAUUAGCUUAAUCCUCGGCCUCCUAAAUCCGAGUAAGUUUUCACAUUCGAUGAUCAUGUUGAUCAUUUAAAAUCGGGUUUCAACCAUUCUUUGUUAAUGAACAUAUAGUAUUGGUAAUUUUGACCAUAGGAGAAAUACUGGUUUCCAUUCGUUUAUAUGCUUGAUUGUUGUGGUUGAUUUCGAUAUUUUUCAUAAAAAUGUUCAGUCUUUACUUUUCUCUCUUUUUAUUACUCGUGCUAUUAGUGAGGCGUUAUUGCUUUGACCAAGGGUGUGCAAAAUGCACUAGUGGUGUCUUAUUUGUCUAACACAACGUAGAAGAUGAUCAACUCUCCAAUGAUGUAUUACGAUGUAUCAAAUUAUUUCGAUCAUUAGUAAGAAAUAAGUUACAUUCUUGUUUACUCGAUUAUAUAUUUCUCAAUAGUAUAAUUUAAACUUUAUAUUUUUUGUUCGACCAUCGAUAAUCUCACCAUAUUCAUAUCAUGUUUCUCUAUUACCAAUAUUAGAGCAUAUGUUAUUGAGUCUUUUCUAGUUUGUAAGUCAUGCUCGAGUAUGACAUUAGUGAUUACCAGUUCUCUCUUGGCCUAGCGGAAGGCAUUGUAGAAGUGAUUAUCAUUGCUUUGCCACCACGAUUCAGUGUAAUAAGCCAUUCACAACCAAAAGUGGUACUUCAAAAUACCUUCCUUUUCCUGUUAUUUUCAUACCUUCGACUAUACAAUGUAUGUUUACUUAAGACUGCAAGGUUGUCAACCAUCAGGUCACCUAGUGGAAGGCAUUGUAGAACUGAUUCUCAUUGCUUUACCACCACGGGUCAGUGCAACAAGCCAUUCACAACCAAAAGAGGUACUUCAAAAUACCUUCAUUUUCCCGCUAUUUUUAUACCUUCAACUAUACAACGUAUGUUUACUUAAAGACUCAGUAAAGAGUGAUUGAAGUUCCCAUGGAAACACUAGUAAUUUGAUUUGUAUAUGUAUCAUAACCGAGGUAAUGGAAGCUCAUCAAUCCUCCUUCGGCCAAGUGGUAGGUAGGUGUGGGAUAACAUUGACACUUCUCAGACUUGCCACCCAUGGUUCGAGGAUUGGUAUAGUUCAGUGACCAAACUAUGCAAUUUACCCUUUGAAUACUCAAACGAGGUACUUCAAAGUACCUCCUUUUUUUUUUCACCCCUGCAAACAAAUCUUUGCUCAUAGGCUAAAAUCCAACUCACCAACCAACCAUAGAUUACUCUAAUGUGAGCCAAUGAUGAAUGCAUAUCUAACUAGAACCCUACCUGUCUCCACCUGCAACAUACACCAGAGAAAAGCUCCAUCCCCAUCCGAUCAAAUUCCUCAACCUUUCAGGAGCUGGACCCAACAGUAAGCACCCCACUUCCAAAUGGAAAAGAGUUGAUGGAUUUCCUGCAACAAUGGCACACAACACAUAUAUGUUGUAUAGCUUAUCCUAAAACUAAUUCCUUGGCACACUUGAGAGAGAAGGAAUAUACUACAAAUUUGCUCUCUACACUUGCUUUUUGAGCCCCAAAUUCAAAAGAACCCUUUUAAAAUGAUUAUGUCUCAAUCAAAACCCUUGUAGGAUAAUACACAGAGGGCAAGUUUUUCUUCUUCCUCCUUUAUGAAUUAUACCCCUCCAACUUGCAUUAUCCAUACAUGAUUAUAGGGUUGAAAGUGUGACCAGUCACUUUACAUAGGGCAUGGAAAAGAACCAGGAAGAAGGUGAGAACUGAGAACUGAGAACAGAGAAGCGAGAGGCUCUCUUCUUCUACUAUGAUAUUUGUGUAGAAAGGGAAUCCACGAAGAGAGAGGCAGAGAUUCAGGCAUUACCCGGGACCCCAAAAACAGGGGCUAGUAGAAGAAAAGAAAAGCAGGGGAAAGACCAAUAAAGAGUGUCCAAAAGAGAGCUAAAUUGUUUUUCUUCCAUUACCUGCUGUUAGCAUUGGCAUAGCAGCGCAGAUCUUUUCCCCUUCAUUUUUUAAUGGCACUCCUUGUCCCCAUUUCCACGUCUUUCUUUAUGGAAAGGAGAGCUAAACGAAAAACUGAUACAAGAACCAACCCUGAAACCCGCAAACCAGAACCGAGCCACUCAGCUCUGCUCCACGAGCCAAUCAAUAUGGCUUCCUGAAUCAGUGCGGACUUUUGUCUCCAAACCGCAACAGAGAUGUUUGAGGAGUACUGUUACCUGUAUUGGAAUGUGGGAUCACAUUCAUAUCAUAUCCAUGUUGCAUAGUAAAUUCUACAAGAAACUGUUUAAUGGAAUCAAUGAUAACGAUUCAUGGAGAAGACGAAAGGAAACAGAGAGAGAUAGGCCCAGCAAGGAGCAAUGAAAUUCAAACUUGCCCUUUUGGAUGAUGAUUGUUGACUUUUGAGGAUACCCAUAAAUCCUCCAUUGCAAAGCACUUUGAGAGGUAAAGAAUUCGAGCCAUUUUCAGAAUGGAUGGUAAGUUCGACAUGAAAUUACUGAAAUGUCCAGCUCAGCUUCAUGACUCAUGAGUGAACACUAGCACUAGCAGCAGACCAUUUUCCUCGAGAUGGGCCUGAUUCCCUUCUCUCUUGUGGAAGCUCUCUCUCUCUCUCUCUCUCACUAUCUUCCCUUCCUUUUUUGGUUCUGGCUUCUGGUUUAAGUGAAAUAUGAAAAAGGUUCCGGUUUCCCAUGAUUAAACAUGCAACGAAGAAAUGAGGAGUCAGCUAGCUUCAUAGACCUCUUUUUUAUCUCACCCAAUAAAAGAGCCACUCUUUCACUCAAAACCCACACUAUCUUCUUCUUCACUCUCACAAACCACACUAAAGUGGGAAAAGAAAGGGAGCCAAAGGAGCAAUAACUCACCACCAACCUAACACAAUGCUGCAAAUCACCAGCAUUGUUCUGGCUUUGCUCCUUAGCUCCUUCCCACACCUCCCAUGGGCAAUGCUCAACCUUACUCUCCCAUCUGCCCACCCUGACCCUGAAUUCGUAGCUCAAGAAGUUAGAAGGAGAGUGAAUGCUUCAGUCUUUAGAAGGGAAAUGCUCCAAACUACCCAGAGAGACCAAUCCUCCUCUCCCCUUUGCUUCACCGGGAACCCAAUCGACGACUGCUGGAAAUGCGACCCGGACUGGCCCAACAACCGCCAGCGGCUGGCCGAUUGUGCCAUUGGCUUCGGCCAGUACGCAAUGGGAGGCAAGAACGGCGACUAUUACAUAGUCACUGACUCCUCCGACGACGAUGCAGUCAACCCUAAACCGGGAACCUUAAGGUACGCCGUGAUUCGGGAGGAGCCACUCUGGAUAGUGUUCCCCAGCAACAUGCACAUCAAGCUGGAACAAGAACUCAUCUUCAACAGCUUCAAAACCAUCGAUGGCCGCGGCGCCAAUGUUCAUAUAACUGGUGGCGGAUGCAUUACCUUGCAGUAUAUCAGCAAUGUGAUCAUCCAUAACGUCCACAUUCACCAUUGUGUUCCUUCAGGAAACACAAAUGUGAGGUCGAGUCCGACGCACUACGGCUACAGAACCAAAUCAGACGGCGACGGAAUCUCAAUCUUCGGCGCAAAGGACAUUUGGAUCGACCACUGCACGCUAUCUCACUGCACCGACGGGCUAAUCGACGCCGUGAUGGGUUCCACCGGAAUCACCAUCUCCAACAACUACUUCUCCCACCACAACGAGGUAAUGCUGCUGGGUCACAGCGACGAAUACUUGCCGGAUUCCGGAAUGCAGGUCACCAUCGCUUUCAAUCACUUCGGCGAACAGCUCGUCCAGCGAAUGCCCCGGUGCCGGCGAGGAUACAUUCACGUCGUGAACAACGAUUUCACGGAGUGGGAGAUGUACGCCAUUGGAGGGAGUGGGCACCCCACGAUUAACAGCCAGGGGAAUCGCUACGUUGCCCCUUCAAACCCUAAUGCGAAGCAGGUGACGAAGAGGCUGGAUUCCGGCGACGGCGAGUGGAAGGACUGGAACUGGCGGUCGGAAGGGGACGUGAUGGUGAACGGAGCUUUCUUCGUGUCGUCGGGAGAGGAACUGGAAGUGAAGUAUGAGAAGGCUUACAGUGUGGACCCGAAAUCUGUGGAUCUCAUCGGUCAACUGACGUUCCACGCCGGCGCUCUUGGAGUCGGCGGCAGGGACAACAACUUGGGGAAGUGGGGGACCGGGCCCAACGGAGGAACUCCCGGUUUAGGAAACAACGACGACUACUCCGACGAUUAUGCCGGCGGCGACCUUCCGUCUUCGCCAACUAUCCUCCUGAGGUCUCUAUCUUUAUUUGUGGCGAUUUCUUGCUUGACCUUCAUGCUAUAGCAAGGAAGAUUUAGAAGUCUUUUUUUUUUGCUUUCUUGGAUUGCAAUUAUGUUGUGGAAAGAAAACAAGUGUACUAUAAUGUUUGGUGACCAAAAAUUUCUAUGCAACAUUGCAAUCUAACAUUUUUCCUUGGAUCCAACUCUAUUAAGAAGUGUGUUCUUAUGCUUGUUGGGUAUUUUUAAAGAAUUUUGGAUGAUGGGUUUUUUGAAGAUCUUAUGAAUCUUUGGCAUAUCAUGACAAUAGGGUACUUGUUAGAGUUGAACAACUUGUGAGAAAAAAAGGCAAGCCAAGUUGGUAUAAGGUAGUGGAUGUUCUUGUAGAACAAAGCCUCAUCAAUUAUGUCCUUUACUUCUAAAAUAGAGUGCAAGGACAAAUAAUAAUGAGCCAUUUCUUUUUAGGAAGUGUUUUCUACAAUCUCAAUUUAACAAUUUAGGAGACUUGUAAAGUUUAUCUGUUCAUAGUAAAAUUAUAAUAGUUAGGUAGUAGUGUUUAGGGUCAUUCACUAGAGCAACACCCAUCUUAAUGUGUGAUUUGACAUUGACAAGGAAAUUUAUGAACUUGAACUUGAUGCAACAUAAUUACGUAACUGAUAAACGAAUAUUAUCUGUAACAUCUCAUUUCAAACAUCAACCAUCACAUUAUUAAUCAUACAAAAUUCAUCCUCUUGAACAACACAAAAGAAUACGCUAACCCUCCAUAAUCUUUAAGAGAUGAAUAGAUGUGCAAAUCCAACCAUAUCUUUGAAGAAGAUUGGUCCAAGCAUGGCAUAAGAGAAAUAGUAUAUAUGUUGUCUCCAACCCAAGAAAGGAAAAUAACACUUUUUUGUUCUAGAAAAAGGAUUGCCCAAAUGUGGAUAUUGUACUUAAAUGAAAAUGAGAAAAGAGGGACCAAACAAGAGAAGAUUGGCUCUAUGGAUGGGAUAUUAUUAAAGGCAAAAAGGGUUAGUUUCCAUACAUUAUUAUCAACAUUCAACUUGUGACCAAAACAUUUUAAAUGUUCACAACAAUUAAAGAAACAUUUUAAUAGUUUCUUUCUGUUUUGAGUUAGCACAAAAGAGAAGAACAAGACAAAGAAAGAAAGGCUGAGGUAGUAGCUGGUAGGUCAUUCUACUAGCUGUGACCUCAACUCAUUGCUCAUCAGCUCCUGUUCUCUUAACUUAGUCAAGUUUUUGGUUUGUUAAUUUGGUAUUCCUUAGCUCCCUAUCUAUAGCCAAUUGCAUGCUUGUUUUAACAACAUUAUCCAUUCUCCAAGGAGAUGACGGAUGCUCGACCAAAGUAAACCCUACAACUUCAUUUUCCUCAUGUGUACUGUUUUUAAGCCUUAGCUUAGAAUAAUAGUAUGAUAGAGUU